AUGGCAUCGAGAAUCGCCAUUAGCUCUCUACGAGCUGCAGCUCGGCCGCGAGCGGUCUCUGCCAUUCCUCUCCAUUUUCGGGCCAUGGCCAGCUCUUCCAACCCACCACCUCCAUCUGAACGCGCCUCGGAAAUCAUCAACAAGCUUCCUGAGUCCCCCAACCUGAUCACAAAGGCGGGAACCGCUGUUCUUGGCACCGGUGUUGUCGCUGCCGCCAUCUCUUCUGAACUCUACGUUGUCAACGAAGAGACAAUCCUGCUUGUCGGCUCUCUCAUUUUCCUUACUCUUGUUGCACGGGCUAUCCGCCAGCCAUACAGCGACUGGGCUGAUGCUCAAGUUGCUCGUAUCAAGGGUGUUCUCGACUCGGCCCGUGCUGACCACACCCAAGCUGUUAAGGAUCGUAUCGACAACGUUGCCCAAAUGAAGGACGUCGUCGCACUCACUCAAAGCCUUUUUGCCCUUUCCAAGGAGACCGCUGUGCUUGAGUCUGAGGCAUUCGUCCAGAAGCAAAAGACCGCUCUUGCCGCUGAAGUCAAGAGUGUGCUUGAUAGCUGGGUCCGAUAUGAGCAACAGGUCAAGGAGAACGAGCAGGCAGAGCUUGCCAAAAGUGUCAUAGACAAGGUUUCUGCCGCAAUCAAAGACGAAAAGACGCAGAAAGAGAUUCUUUUGGGUGCCGUCGCCGAGAUUGAAUUGCUGGUCAAGAGCAAGUCUAUCUAG